UCCGGGUCCUCCGCGCCUGGGCCAUGACGUCACGGGGUCCAGGAAUGGCGGCGCUGUCUGCAGGGACAAGCAGCCCGAAGAGCCCGAAACUUUAUUCCUAACAUCGCUCAGCGGCUACACGAGCUCUACCGCUCCACCGACGGCCAUAUCCUCCUCGUAAAGAGCCAGCGCGACAGCGGAACCCAGUCUCGACGUUGUUACCGCGGAAUUUCGACGUCUCAGGCUAUAUUAGUUUGGUUGACUUUGCGAGGGCCAAAAGACAAGAGCAAAGACAGCGACUAACGGUACAUAAAAACAACAACAAGCACCCCAAAACACCCUCUUUCGAGUCCGUCCAUUUCACAGAAGGAUCUUACUUGUGUUUUGCUAGUUUCUUGUCUUGCUCAUACCCCGAAAGGCACGACACUGGCCUGAUAAGGUGAAGCCACCAGCUGCGGGUUUGAUGCCACGAUGGAGAGUUUAACACUGAGCGAUGUCGAGCAGAAAUAUUACUCUGAACUCUUCCUCUCCUGUGAUGUGGAUAACGCCAAGAAAGUGGCUUCAAAUGGCAAAGUUCUGGACCUCUUCCGGGCGGCCCAGCUCUCAAACGAAGUGGUCCAUCAGAUUACUGAACUUUGCGGGGCCACACGUCUAGGUCAUUUCGGUCGGAGUCAGUUCUACAUUGCACUGAAGCUCAUUGCACUGGCCCAGUCUGGACUGCCCCUGCGCGUGGAGAGCCUGAACAGUGUCAGGGAUCUGCCCCUCCCUAUCUUUGUGAUGGGCAAGAACGAGCAGGAGAUGAGGCACAUGUUUGCAGACCCAGAGAACCAGGGGCCCUACCUCCCCAGACCUCCAGGGCGAGUGCAAGCCAAAAAAGUGUCAGCGCAUGAGAUAGUUCAGCCCUGUGUGCCCACUGUAGAUCCACAGCCGGACACCACAUCUCCUUUAGUGUCACCGCACCAGUCCCCUCCCACUUCGCCCCAUGCCUGGAGGAAGCACAAACGCCAGGCCAGCGGUGGAAACGUGGACAGACAGCCCUCAGUGCCAGGAGUUGUUUGGCCACCUUUUAGAGAAGCACAGCCAGUUACAGGUGAUGGGAUGUGGUCCGCCCAUUCACCCCCUCCUGUCCAGGAAAGUUGGGUCAGCUUUACAGACACGCCCCCCUCCAGCACACUUCCAAUGCAUCCCCCAUCAGCUCAGCCGGAGAGCACAACAGUACGGACUGUGCCGUCUGCAAUGACCACAAAUGAAAUCCAAAGACAGAUCAGUGGUUAUGAUGACCCCUGGAAAAUCACAGAUGAGCAAAGACAGUAUUACAUAAACCAGUUUAAGACCAUUCAGACUGAUCUCACUGGUUUAAUCCCUGGCUCAGCCGCAAAGGAAUUCUUUACAAAGUCGAAACUACCUAUUCUUGAACUGUCUCACAUUUGGGAGCUAUCAGAUUUUGAUAAAGAUGGUGCACUGACCCUUGAUGAGUUCUGUGCUGCAUUUCAUCUUGUGGUCGCCAGGAAAAAUGGUUAUGACCUUCCUGAAAAGCUCCCCGAGAGCCUAAUGCCAAAGCUUAUUGACUUGGAUGACUCAGCAGGAGUUCCAGAACCUGCUCCUGAAGCUGGCUUUUCUGCUUCCCCUGUGGAGGUCACUCCAAAUAAGUCUCCUUCCAUGCCUUCCCUGAACCAGAACUGGCCUGAGCUCAACCAGAGCAAUGAGCAGUGGGAGACUUUUAGCGAACGCUCCUCAAGCUCACAAACUCUGACCCAAUUUGAUUCUAACAUUGCACCAGCUGACCCUGAUACAGCAAUAGUCCACCCUGUGCCCAUUCGUAUGACACCCAGCAAGAUCCACAUGCAAGAGAUGGAGCUCAAGAGAACUGGAAGCGAUCACACACAUCCAACAAGUCCGUUAAUGGCGAAACCACCAGAACUUUCUGAUGAGACCAAGUUAGCAGCAACUGUUAAAUUUCCUGGUACCACUGUUGGAGAUGGCUAUAGCAGCUCAGAUUCAUUUACAUCUGAUCAAGAGCCCAUUUCCAGUGCUGUGAACAGACAAAGGUCUCACUCCGGCACCUCCCCGGAAGGACUGAAGGUUGUGGCUCCGCCCCCACCUCCGCCCCGCCCCAACGCCUCUCACUCACGGUCCUCCUCUCUAGACAUGAACAGAAACUUUGCUGCUGUCCCUGCAGGUCCGCAACAGCCAGGUGUAGUUGCCUUUCCCCCAGCAGUGCCUCCCAGACCACUUCCCACACAGACAUCAGUGCCACAUGGUCACCGUUCGGUAGAGGGAGAUGGUCUUCCAGCACAUACCAGCACGUCACCCCAUCAGAUGCCAGAACAACCCAACUUUGCUGACUUCAGCCAGUUCCAGGUUUUUGCUGUCGACCAGUCGGCAGAUGAUGGAGAGAUAUCAUCUGACAGUGGACAGGCAGAAAGAUGUGCAGAAACCACCGGGACGAUGAGAACAGCAAAGAAUGACGUUCAGGCAGAGGAACGAAAUGCAACUACUGUCAACUCUGCCAAAGUAUCCACUCCAUUGGCCCCACCCCCUAAACCCGUUCGUCGAAGACUGAAAUCAGAAGAUGAGCUCAGACCAGAUGUGGAGGACCUUCCGCAAAAGUCUAACGUCAUAGCCACUGUUCUAGCAACCCAGCCCUCAAUUCCACGGUCUAUCGGUAAAGAUAAGAAGGCCAUCCAGGCUUCCAUUAGAAGAAACAAAGAAACCAAUACGGUUUUAGCCAGACUCAACAGUGAAUUACAGCAGCAGUUGAAGGACCUGCUAGAAGAAAGAAUAUCGCUUGAAGUGCAACUGGAACAGCUUAGACCAUUUUCGCAUUUGUAAAAAGAGUGUGUUCGCUUCAGAUUGAAUGUUUGUGUGUAUGAAAGAGUGAUUACCCCAGUUGUUUUUUUGUUUUUUUUGAGUGGUCUGUUGGAUCCUCUGGCAGGAUGUCCAUUUCACCCUUUCUCCACUCCUCUGCUGACUGUGUGAGAAGAGACACGAUCGCUGCUUCCUCCAGACUGUUCUGUCUCACACAGCCAUUCAGAGGGAUGGGGUCCAGGAACAUUAUUCGUUAUGGCACUUUGAUGAAACAGAAAGUCUGAGUGGUUGUGUGUGUAAUACCCCAGACAUCGCAGGUUCUGUUUAGCAUGUGAGGCAAGAGCCUGACAGCAUGACUGGCAGGAGGCUGUAAUUCUGGUAAACAUGAAGGAGCCUCUUCCCCUCCUGUUCUCCAGAGUCCUGAGGCAGCUUGUCAUGUUCUUCCAUGUUAGAGGCACCCGUGUGUGCUCAGACAAUCAUGUUAGGCCAUGCACUGGUCGUAAAGAGGGGAGAACUGAUUUUUGGGAGAUCAUACUAUUUCAGAAGUACGCUUUCUGACAUGCACUUGUUAAAGAGACAGUUCACUCAAAAAUGUAAAUUCUUUCAUUAUUUAUUCACCCUCAAGUCUUUACAAACUCAUAUGACUUUGUUUUUUUGAUGAAUAUUCCUGGCUGAUCUUUUCGAAAUAAUGACAGUAAAUAAGGACUGGGGAUUCCAAGCUCCAAAAAUACAAAAGAAACUGCAAAAAGUGUGCUAUAUUUAAAUUAUUUUGUGGUCAUAUGAUUGCUGUGUGCAAGGAACAGACACUGAUUUUUUUUCUCCAAUGAACUGUGUUGAACUUAAGCACUGGAUCAGUCAAAUUUGUGAAUAACUCAUUCUCUUUUUUUUCCUGGAUAACCUGAAUCGUUGAAAAGAUUCAAACUAAUCCGAUGAAUCUUUUGUUCACAAAUCAGACAGUCACUGUCAGCAAAAUGGCAAAGAGAACUUUAAUGCUUUUAUGCAGCUUUUGUUUGUAAGCCCUCUCAUUAAAUCGAAAAGAGCGGCCAGGAUAUUCUUCAAAAAUUCACCUUUUGUGUCACAUGAAAGAAAGAAAAUCUUAUGGGUUUUGAGCAAAUGACAGAAUAGUUUUUUUGGAUGAACUGCCCCUUUAAUAUUUCUUCCUUGCCAUAUCGGUGGACAGCACAUCUGUGUGUGUUUGUUUCAUAUGCGUGAGAGAGUUUGAGGACGACAGUUACAAACGUGUCAUCAAGAACUGCUUUCUUUUCUUCUCUUAACACACACUGUUGUGUUACUAAAAAACAACCCGUUCAACCUUGUACUGUCUUUCACCCCGGGAUGGCAGAUGUCCCUCUCCGUCUCAAAUGUUGGCUGUACCUCAUAUGGUACAUCAUCAGUCCUGCAUCAUAAAUUCUGUGACAUCAUCAGUAUGUAAACCUGAGACCUGAAACAAUGACUGCACUUUCUCCCCUUCGGCUUUCAUUUGUCUUUUCUCGUACUUAUUUUUGCAUGUCAUUCACGAUCUCAUUUCGUAUAAAACGGCUCUUAACGAUGAACCACUUGAUUUGUAACUGUAACGUCUGAACUAAUGUGACGUUUUUGUUGUUACAUAGGCUUGCACCAUGUCUUUCAUCCAUUCGUUUGUUUUGACUGACGUCUGUGUUUUUCUUUUACUCCUUAAAGCCUUACUUCCUGGUGUGCAGGUUUUCACAGUAAUGUGUCCCCCCAUGUUAAAUCAAGACGAGCCUUUUCUCCCUGCUGUUCAGGCUGAUUUACUGUAUCAGGGGUAGGUUGUAUAUUGUAUGAUACACACCUUUUGAUCUCAUAUGUAAAUUUGCAUUAAUUGCUGACUAACAGCAAAUAUUCUAUUUAAUUGCUUAUACAAUGGCUGUGGGAUCAUAAAUGUUUAACUGCAUGGAUGUUUCUCUGCAGAAUGAACUAGCAGCUGUGUGAUUUUUACACAAAAUAAAAAUGGCACAAUAUUUUAA